AUGCCCAGAGGUAACUUCAAGCAGGUGACAUAUGUGGUCUUGAUACCAUCUCAAGCCAUGGGCUUUUGGGGAAUGUUUUUGGUUUUGGUCUUCCUGGAGAAAAGUUGGGGACAGGCGCAAAUGUAAUGUCGUUAUUUCUUGAGCACACAAAUAGUCUUCCGAGUCGGAGUGCCUGAGAACAUUUCACUUGAAGCCCACGGCUUCACUGAUGCCCUUGAGGCGACGAUCUCUGUGAAAAGUUAUCCUAAUGAAGACAUUAGUUACUCUUCGGGUUCUGUUAAUUUAUCGCCAGAAAACAAUUUCCAAAACUAUACAAUCUUAACAAUUCAGGCCAAACAGUUGUCUGAAGGACAAAACUCAUAUUCCUAUGUGUAUUUGGAAGUCAUGUCAAAGGAUUUCUCAAAAUCAGAAAAAGUGCCAAUCAUCUAUGGCAAUGGCUCUCUCCUCAUUCAUAUUGACAGGCCUGUGUACACUCCAAGGGAGCCUGUAAAGGUCGCCGUCUAUUCGCUGGAAGAUGCCUUAGCACCAGUCACUAGGGAAACGGUCUUAACUUUCAUAGACCCUGAGGGAUCAGAAGUUGGCAUAGUAGAAGGAAACAAUCAAACUGGAGUCGCCUCUUUUCCCGACUUCAACAUUCCUUCGAAUCCCAUACAGGGUAGAUGGACAGUUAAGGCUAAAUAUAAAGACGAUGCAUCAACAACCGGAACCACGCAAUUUGAAGUUGAAGAACAUGAUAAAGCUUACAAAAUAACUCUCAUGCCAGCAAGCGCCCGGCCACACAGAGUCGAAGAGCAAGAUGAAGCCCAUGACGUGAGUGUCCAGCCAGCAAAUUCCCUGGAACAGAUGAUAGAAGAAAAAGCUUCUAAGUACAAGCAUCCAAUACUGAAGAAAUGCUGUUACGAUGGAGCCAGAUACAACCACCAGGAGACCUGUGAGGAGCGAGCUGCCCGUGUGAAAAUAGGCCCCAGAUGUGUCAAAGCCUUCACCGACUGCUGUGGGCUGAAUACGUUAAAGCAUUUCCAUCUGUCGAUGCACCACCAUCAACGUUAAGUAUGACAUUUUCUAUCAGAACCUUGCCAAAUCUGGGUAAUAUUGUGUGAACUAAAUCCCCUAAGAAAAGCAGUUUUCAUGUCUUAGUUACAACUAAAAGUUGAAAGGCUUUGUCAUGCCCAGAAAAAGAGUCUGUUGUUUUUCUUGGGAACCGGAAGCACUGUAGAGCAUAGA